AUGCACCCAGUGAUUGCGGAGUUGAAGCGGAGGAACCGUGUGGCAGGGCAGCGAUUGACGCCAAUUGAUGCACGAGCCACGAACAUCACACCGAAGCCACCAAGUCACCAACGAACUUCCGUGCCUGCCCGUCCCACCGCCUCCACUGUCCGUUUGUACUCAAGCGCACAGGACACUCAGUCUCACGCCUCGUCGAGAUUUGUGUCAACAGCAAAAUUGGAGGGUGGUAGAGGCAGCCACACCAUCAGCACUACUAACCUUAGUGCCAGCAAAGCCAGGUGUGACAGUGCGAAGCCACUUAUGCACCGCACGCCGGCCAAGCCCCAGUCUGCUGGGAUUCAGGUCAGGUCAAAGAAUAACGCCGUACAAGAGAAAAACUCUUCACUGCGUGAAAAAGGAUCAUCCCUUCCUGGUUCAGACACAGCAUCACAGGGCAUCGGAAUUCAAAAGAUCGCCCGAAACUCGAUGGUGUCUCAGGGCAGUCUUUUUGAGGGCAUUUCCCUCUUAUGGGAUCACGCUUCCGGCGCAGGAAUCGCCAAAUCCACCACCUCUUAUGCGGCGAUCACCGGCGCAAACGAGGAAAAGGAAGUCGUUUUCUUGGAGAAGUACAAAAAUAGUGAGACUUGGAACCACAAUUUGUCCCAACAGAUACUGGAUGUGCUACAGGGAGACCGAAUGGAAGAUCCCUUCACCACAGAUCUUUGGGCACGCCCUUUAAAGGGGGUUGCAAAAAACUUUUCAGGUUAUUAUGCCUGCAUUCGCUGUCAUGUACCUCUUGUAGCGCCAACCUACCAGAUCCUUUACUUGGUGCGUGGAAUAGCAGCAUUUUCUCGAAUGAAUACACAAGCUGUGGAGGUGCGAGUUGGCAGCAUUGCGGCCCCAAUUUCAUCUUCAGCACAAAAGAGUGGGUUGUUAGAGCUACAGGUACACUGCCAAUGUUGUGGGGGGUUUCUGGGUAUUCUUGCCCCUUGCACUGAGAUUGAAUUGGCCGCGGGGGCUCGAAGUGUUUUUGUAGUGAACAGUUGUUGUUUAGAGUUUGUGGAGAGCACCCGCACUCCAUGCCGUCUGGAUGGAAUUUACGGUGAAGACGAGGAAGAUUUAACUGGUGGAAUCACAGCAAAGGCCUCGCGUGGUAGUAUCGAGAUUAACUUCGAUGACCCUAGUAUCUUUGAGAUGUAA